AUGGCAGCGGUGCAAGUAAACAAGGAUCUCCUUCGUGCCCAGUUCGUGGGUAAGAGCCUCAAUGAGGUUAUCACGCCAACUGCUAUAUUGGAUCUAGCCAAGAUCGAGGCAAACUGUAAUUUGAUGCUCGAAGCUGCUGAGCGGCUGCAACUUAGCUGGCGGGCACAUAUCAAAACCCACAAAACUGAAGAGCUCACAAGACUGCAAGUAGGAGACAAGAGCUCUGGUCCCGUAAACCUGAUAGUCUCCACGGUUAUCGAAGCGGAGAAGCUCGUGCCCCUACUAAAAGAGUACCGGGACAAAGGGCGAAAGAUCAAUGUCCUCUACUCAUUCCCCCUCUACGCAUCAUGCCUCGACCGGCUCGCCCACGUGUCCGCGGAACUCGGCGCCGGCGCCCUCUCAGUCAUGAUCGACCACGUGGACCAAGUACCUCUCCUAGCAUCCCUGGCCUCCAAAUCCGGCGGCAACCCCCCCCUAGUAUUCCUCAAAGUUAACGUAGGAACCAACCGCGCGGGUGUCAUCCCCGGUAGCCCCGCAAGCACCGCCUUAAUUGACGCGCUACUCGCCUCGGAAGAAUCCGGAUCAUCAGUCCUACUGGGCGUGUACUGCCAUGCCGGACACUCAUACGCCGCGCGCAAGGACUGGGAGGCCAUGGGUAUCCUGGGAGCUGAAUUCGAAGCGCUAAAGCAGGUAGCCGAAGUUGUCCGCGGUAAGCGAGCACCGGGUAAAGACCCUCUGGUCCUCUCCGUUGGCGCGACUCCCACUGCAACUACAAUCCAACACCCCGACCUAGCGUCUACAGACGGCACUUCCAACGGCACCAGUAAUGGGAAUGCCAACGGCGCAGACAUUCUAACCACCGUCCCAACCCAGCAUCUUAAAGCCCUCCUCAAAACCCUCAAAGCCUCCUCCUUCGCGCUCGAAGUCCACGCAGGCGUGUACCCUACCCUCGACGUCCAACAACUAGCCGCACACGCGCGGGACCUCUCCCUGCUCAAUAGCAGUAUGAUCGGGAUCAGCAUUCUCGCGGACGUAGCAUCAGUGUACCCCGCGCGGGGCCCAGACAACGCGACCGAAGCCGUGGUAAACGCGGGCAGCAUCGCGCUAGGCCGCGAGCCGUGCCAGGAGCCGGAUGGGAAGCGGUACUCGGCGUGGGGACUGGCGAUGCCGUGGGGGGUGCUAGCCAACUCCCAACCCGUGCCGGGCGCAGAUUUCCCCCAAGUUCAUGGAGGAUGGCAGGUCGCGAAGAUUAGCCAAGAGCACGGGGUGUUGCGAUGGGUUGGGGGAAAGGAUGAUGAGGCUGCGCUGAGCGUGGGCCAGCGCGUAAGGAUUUGGCCGAAUCACUCGUGUAUUGCGAGUGCGGGGCAUGCUUACUACUUAAUCGUAGAUUCUAGGAAUAUAGGACGCGAGGAUGAGGUUAUUGAUGUCUGGCCGAAAUGGAACGGGUGGUGA